AAUCGCUGUUGCAUUUCGAUGUUAUUAAAGUUUUCGGUAUAGAGUAAAACCAGAACAGAAUAAUAGAAAACAUUUAACCUGAUUAGUAAUUUCCCUCUAAAAAUGUCUAAAUCGUUCAUACGAAUCGCAGAUGAUGAUAAAGGCUAUGAGUUGGACCAGUUUUGUAUACCCAAACACUAUGAGCAAGAUUUAGACCAUGUUCUCAUUCCUGCAGGUCUUAUCAAUGACAGGACAGAGCGUUUAGCUCGGGACAUAGUUAAUCAUUUCCAAAAUGAACCCAUCGUUGGCUUAUGUGUUUUGAAGGGUGGCUACAAAUUUUUCACUGAUUUGGUUGACAAAAUCCAGAUACUCAACAGAAACAGUGGACAUUCAGUUCAACUUGCUGUUGAUUUUAUUAGACUCAAGAGCUAUGUGCAUUCUGUAUACACCACUUCCUCAAAUGACAGCAAUAUUGUUGUCUUAACUCCUGAAAAUGGGAAUGAUUCUUCAUCAGGUUCCAUUGAAGUGAUAGGAGGAGAUAACUUAGAGAACCUCAAGGGGAAGAAUGUUUUAGUUGUGGAGGAUAUAAUUGACACAGGGCGGACAAUGUUGCAACUAUUAGAACUUCUAAAAUCUGUUGGGCCAAAGUCUGUCAAAGUUGCAAGUUUGUUGGUUAAAAGAACUCCAGAUAAUGUAGGAUAUACACCUGAUUACAUUGGCUUUGAAGUUCCCAAUCAAUUUCUUGUUGGCUAUGCUCUUGACUACAAUGAGUACUUCAGAGACCUUAGUCAUAUUUGUGUGAUCAAUGAAAGUGGUAAAAAGAAAUACACCAUCAACAAAUAGCACCUAGUUGGAACCAGUUUGUGAAGAGUACAAUCCCCUAAAGACAGUGGUUUGAUCCUGGGUGUAUAUGACGUCAGCUCUUUAGCUAGAUUAAUUUUAGAAAAGUACAUCCUGUUUUCUCUAUCAAGUAACAUGCAAAUGUCAGGUAUUUGGUCCUGUUUAAUAUUUACUGGUGAUUGUUAACAAACAGUUCUCCACACUAAAUAAAAAUGGCAGUAGUUUUUGUGAGAGAAAGAAAAUAUCAACUUUAGAGAAUCGACAUUCUUCUUCUUGGUGGGUUUGUUCUAGUUUUGAAAUGGCCCAGUGAAAUAGAUUUGUACAUCUUUGAUUCACGGGUACCAUGAAUAAUAUGCACAAUAUGUUUUUUUGACACUACUUGUAGAGACAGAGGUAUUGUCUAUGUAGAUAUAUUAAUAUUUACCAAAGUUCCAGCAGUUAAUGUGUUGUUUUCAAAGCCCGAGUGUGCACCUUUUGUGAUUUUUUUCAAAUCCAUGUUUUGAGUUUUAAUAUUUAAACCUAACACAAUCUUUUUAUUUUUGCAAAGAUUUUUUUUAUUGCAAGUUUGAAUACUUAUACCAGAAAUAAAAAAUAAAACAUACAUAUCUCCAAAGUAAAAAUAUGUCUCAAUUUCAAAUAGGAGAUCUAUUUAUCACUUUUCUUAAAAUUGAUGAAUGUAGCUUCUUAUUUCAUUUUGUUUCAUCCAAUGGAGAAAAUUGCUUUAGUGCUGGUAUUUGCCGUUUUUUUUAUAUUUAAAACAGAUUUUUUUCCUGCUUUUUGAAGACAAUUGUUUUUGCUUUGAAGAGUAUUUUCUGGUUUUUAUGCAGUGGAAUCAAAAUUAUUGAAAAUUUGUUUCAAAUUAUUUUAUUGAGUAGUGUUGUCAAGGAUUUAACACAUUUGAUAUAAUAAUUAAGUAUUUUGUUGCUUUAAAAAUAGUCAUUUUGGUAGCAGCACAAUAUAAGUAUUUUUUUUUUAUACGGUUUUAAGAAUCUGUAUUGUUCCUUCAUAUUAAAAAAAAAUUGAACAUUUUAGACAUUUUUAGUGGGAAUUGAAACUUACCACUGUCUUAAUUUUAUGACAAUAUAUAAAGAAAAGUAUCCUAAAUCUGAUCAUCGCUGAAGUAUUAACAAUUGGUCUAUUACUAUAAUUAUUGUUCUCUGUAGAUAUUUUUGGUCUAUUGAAGUAGUUUGUCCCUGUGCCAUAUGAUAAAGCUCUCAUUUUGAGAUAACUUUCUACUGUUAUUUUAUAUCUGUCCUUUCCAGCAUUCUGUUUAUAUUUCUUGGCAUUCAAAAUGUUCAACAUUAUACACAUCUACAAAUGUAGUUCUUAUAUUUAAAAAUAAACAUGGGCAUUUUUUUUAUACUAAUGGUUUUGUCGAGUGAAAAAUUUUUCCAUUGCUAUAGAGACAAUCUUACAAAUAAAAAAUUCAAUUCUUGUGCAUUAUACACAGAAAGCAUUCACUUGUACUUGUAUAUCAAGCAUUCAUAAACAACAUAUCAUCUUAGUCAAAUGGUGCAGCCAUACUUUGUUUAUUUAUAAAUGUUUUACUAUUACCAUUCAUUAUACACCUUUGUUCCAUGGUCAAGAAUAAAUUAUCUCAUCCUCA